GGCCUUCCUUCCCCGCACCUGCCCGCACGCUCCCGGGGCCCGCAGGUGCGGAAGACCACGAAAUUCCACGCCCCGCGGAGAGGAGACUCAUCAGCUCCCAAGACAAGAAGGGGAGGCGCGGUCGGACAGUGCUCCGAGGCCGAUGUGUCAGACUGCCUUUUUAGGCAAGAAGCAUGGAGGUAAUUCACGGCAGGCCCUACUGUUGCAGGGAGCUUGAAGGAGCUGACAUUCUGUCAAACACCUUUUACUCUAAUGGACUUCACACCCCGUAUGAAACAACUAUUCGGCCAACUGCUUCACAAGACAGGUAUCAGGAGCUGAGGGAGGCCCUGCCACAAUGCAGGCUUCGGUGGGGUGCCGACAGAGAAUAUGGUGGCCUGCUUCCAGUUUCCCUUCCCGAAGAACACAGGCCAAAGUGUGAGCCUCCCCGUCACAUGAGCAAAGGACAUCAGCAUUAUGGAUUUGGCGGAGAGAUCUGGCCAAAAAAGCUCCCUAUUGAGCAGUAUUACUAUUUGACACAGAACAAGAAGAGCAACAUGUAUGGAAACGACUCUUUGUUACCCAAACCACCUAACUCAGCAGUAGGAGAAAUCUGCUCAUCAUAUCCAAUUGAACAUCCCUAUCAUACACACAUAAGCCGUGGUGCCAUGUUUCCAACCUUUACAUCGCCUAAGGACCUUUACACCGGUGUUAAAGCUCGUACCCAGCAGCCUUUUCCUCCUACAGUGCCAACCAAAGCCUAUGAUACAACGAUUCUGAAGACAAGAGGUAACCCUUACAGAUAUGAGCUGCUUGAUUUUCCCAUGGAUUCAAAGAAAAAAGCAUUGACUUGGCCAGGUCAGGGUGUAUAUUAUGAUUUUCCUAAAUGUGUUGAGAAAAACAAGCCAGUAUUCUACCCCAAGCCUCCUAAAACCUUUGCUCCUAACUCCUCUGUGAAUCCAUGGGAUACUAUGAGCUCUGCAAAGGACGCCAAUAUACAAAGAAAUCUUGAGAGGUCUCACUGGCUCACUUCAUACACUCAUGAUUUUACAGGUCUAGGUCCUAUGAGCCCCCUUGAACUGGAUGAUUACCAUGAAAAGGAGCUAGCAGAACUAACUGGACAGAUAGGAUUUGACUCACAGCCUCAAGAAAAAUUCCAUCCUGCCUUAAAACCUUCCAGACCUUUGGAUGGUCGAAUUGCCCGACUUCUGCAGAACCAACGACCUCUGGAGCCUACGGUGCAAAUACCACCUCCCUGUCCAGACUGUACGCCUAGAGUUUUGUGUGCUUUUCAUACAUUCAUACCCAGUUCUACAGAAAUGAUGGCAAUGAAUAAUAACCUCCUGUCAGGAAUAACCAAUAAAAACCAGGAUGUUGAAGAGAAGAUUAAGGAAGAACAAGGCUUGAUGUCUACCUAUGCAUCCCCAACUUAUGAAUCAAAACACCUGAGUAGUCUUUAUGACCUACAAUCAUUUCCAAAGAUCACAGACACUAAAAAGACAGAUGAUUUGUACUGGAGACAGCUGAAGAUGAAGCCCCUACCCAUAUCCCGCUCUAAGUCAAACCAUUACAUUGACUAUGAACCACUUAAGUCUGCCUACCAUGACCCAUAUACUGUGGGUCCAAACCCUGUUCGCCUCAGUAAGUCUAAUAUUCUUCAAAACAAAACAGAUAUAGCUGAUUUCACUUUUGACAACUUUUUAAGUAAACCAGAAUAUUUGGGCAUGGACAUGGAAAACAAUGAAGAAACAAGACCUAUUUUAGAUUGGAUUCCUAGAGCUGGAGUGCCCAAGCAUCAUCCCAACCUGCGAGAUCUUAAGAACACAUUUUCAAAGUCUAUGGCACACAAGCGUUUGCAUAACUCCAUUCAAGAAGAACAAAAAGACCUCCGAGAUAAACUGCAUUGUGGGAUGAGACAUCACUUUUAUGGCUACAAUGGCCAUUAUUUCUAUAAUUGAGAUAUUCCCUUGAGACCCAGCCUCUUGCAAGAAAAUAAAAUACGUCACAGAGUGCCCUGCAUUUGGCUAGAUUCUGUUUCUGUAUUAAGCCAUAAUGACAUUAAUGAGGUUGUGUUUUCAAGAAUUUAAGUUAGGAUCUGGUCAGAGAGACCAAAAUAAUGUCCUGACUUCCCAAAACAUUUUUAAGUUUGUCAACAAAAUAUCAGAGCCAGAAAAAAAAUAGUGUUUAACUUCAUCUUCAAAUUAUACUCUGAAGAAGUUUUCCAAAAUCAUGAAAAUCAAUGUGUAGACAAAAUUCACAUCAUCAUUUUGUGAGAAAUGAAAAAAUUGAAAAAAAUUCAAAUAUCGAAGAUUUGACAGACAGCUAUAGAAUGUAUUGUGCUUUAAUAAAAUUAGUAUAUCAACAA